AUGAAGUACCGGUACUACCGAACCACAGUAUUGACGUUGCUGCUGCUUCUUCCGACGGCAACGCCCGUGGCUACACCCGGCUGUAUUGCGUGCGCAGCCACAGGCAAUUGUACGUUGGCGUACCAGAACCGAUCCGGCAUUGCUUGUGACCCGCUGGCUUCAGGCGAAGCGUGCUGCUGCCCGCGGAGUCAGAUCUGCGCCUCGACGCGCGACCACUGCCACUGCCGGCGCAAGGAGCCCAAGCAACCCUCGCCGUCUGCCUAUCUCAUCGAGAUGUGGGUCGGUAUCAUCGCCGCGGUCCUCAUCACAGCUUGUUUGCUGCCCCGCCUCCUCAUCAAGUGCAUCACGUGGCAUCAAGCUGCCCAGGCCCGCCGGUGCCGCACAGCUGAGCUCCAGACACCUGGUGUCGCGAUGACGAACGGAAUCGCGGUGCGAGCGGACAACGACCGUGCGUACGCGUCGCUUCCGGUGGCAACCAAGUGCGCCACACAGCCCUAAUCAUCAAGUCGUCCUCGUAAGAAGGUCCCACAAGCUUGUAUUUCACUAUGUUAAGGAUUUAAUGUACAAGACGAUUCGUAUAAGCCCAA